AAUGGUUUGACACAUGGAGCUCCUGAGGAUGAAGUUCGCCAUGCGGGUGACCUGGGAAACAUAGUUGCUGACACCAACGGUGUGGCUGAAGCCACAAUAGUGGACAAUCAGAUACCAUUGAGUGGUCCUAAUUCUGUUGUUGGAAGAGCUUUUGUGGUUCAUGAGCUUGAGGAUGACCUUGGAAAGGGUGGUCAUGAACUUAGUCUAAGCACUGGCAAUGCUGGUGGAAGAUUGGCAUGUGGUAUGUGCCUUUUCAUUUGGUGUAGUUUAUGGUUUAUUUGCAUAUACAUAUUCAUCAUUGUUCAUUUCUACAUGCAUACCUAAUUUAAUUUAUGACCU